AUUUCUUCGAUCGUGUAAUCUCGGAUUAACUGUGUCGCGUGAAAAAAAAAAAGAGAGAUCGUAAAAAAAACUUAAACAUUUAUCGUUCCAUUUUUACGCGAUCGUGGUAGAUUAGAAAUAUAAGAGGGAAAGGAGAGACGUUUCCAUUCCGCGGGCUGAUCGUGCACCGAGAGAAUCCGUGUCAUAGCUCAAGGAAAAAAUACUUAGCGCUGCAAGAAAGAUAUAUUAGAAGGAUUAUAGCAUAGAGAGCGGAAUCGAAAGUGAUAGAAUGCGUAAUCUAAGCACGCAGAAGAUAUUAAAAGACGAGGAAUGCUUCGAGAUAAUACGGAAGAAGCUUCACAAAGAUUCGAUGGAGGAUUUCUCGUUGAUCACUUACGAGAUGGUGCCCAUAGACGAGGUGAACGGGUUCAUGGGCCAAUAUUUCACGUUGAAGGCAACCGUCGCUUCACCCCAAUCGCCACUCGAGACGAAGAACAUCAACUUCUUCACGAAAUUGCCACCACCGAUGACCAGUCCCCUGUACGAUUUUAUUCAAAAUUACGGCGCCUUCAAGAAGGAGGUCGCCCUCUACACCACGGUCUUCCCGGAGGUAUUGGACGGCCCGGACAAGAGGUGCAUCCCAGAGUGUUUCCUUGGCCUGGAGGACGACGUGAUCGUGCUGGAAGAUAUGGCACAUUACGGUUACGAGAUGACCGACAAGUUCAAACCGUUCGAUUUCGAGCACUGCAAGAUUUUGAUGAGAACGUUGGCGAGAUUCCACGCGAAAUCGUUGAUCUUCGAGGAAUUGUAUCAGAGGAGUCUGCACGACAAAUACUCUCACUGCAUGCAGGAAACGCUGUGGCCUCUGAAGGAUGGCCGUGCCAAGGCCACGUUCGACGCCGCCGUAAAAGGUAUCGUUUCAUUGAUAGGCUUGAUGCCGGAGCUGGACGAGGAGCAGCGGAAAACGUUCAGCAAGAAGGUUAAUGACUUGUGCGCCGAUCACACCAACAAAUUGUUGCCGUCUAUGAAGCACAAAAACGUAUUAUGCCAUGGCGACCUAUGGGCAAAUAACAUUUUGUUCAAGUACGACGUUGACGAGAAACCUGUGGAAUGUUGCCUUAUCGAUUUUCAACUUGCCAGAUACAAUCCACCAGCUCACGACAUUCUUUGUUUCCUCCAAUUCACAACGACGCGGCAACUGCGCGAGAAACACAGCAAAGAGUUGUUCAAGAUUUAUCACGAAUCAAUGGCCGAGGCUCUGGAGGAAGCUGGUUUGGACAUUUCCAUCGUUUUCCCGUGGGACGAGUUCUUAGAAUCGAUCGAGGAUUUGCGUGUGAUGUGCAUCGUUCACGGUGUGUUGAACAUACCGAUCAUGUUGUUGGAGUCCGCGGCUGUCAACAAGUAUUUCUUAAACGAGCCAGAACUUCUGGAAAACAUUCUCUACGUGGACAGAACACCUUUGCUUUGCGAACAAAUGAAACGCGUACCCCAAUACCGUGACAGAAUAACGGAUACUCUGCUAGAAUUAUACGAUCAUGUUGCCGGUUAAAGAGAUCGAUCGAAUCGAAUCGAUACAAAUGGAAAAUUAUAGAAAAUCUUUUAUCACUGUAGAAUAUCAGAGAUCACGCAUCAACACUAGUCGCUAACUUGGAAAGUAAGCGGCGAGAAUAGGAAGAGAAAAGUGCAUAAAACACCGAGGAAAUAACACGAUUGAUACAAAUAAUACAAUGUGUCGACGAAUCAUAUUCCAUUCGAAGAAUGUAGUAUCGUCGACACUAAUUGUUUAUUUAUUUUCGGUGUUUAAAGCGGUAGAAAUAUGAUCACGAUGGUUUCUAUCUGGCUUUUUAUAGUUUCUAUCUCGACGUUUAGAUUAAUUUUUUUUUUAUAUCUUUCCAUUGUUUUAUUUAUAAUCAAGCGAGAAAACAUUACACGAACGAUUGUUUGUUGUUUUUAGAAAAAAAAAAAAAUUAGGAAUUGUUUAUUAGAUAUUUAUUUUGUUUUUGUUGUGACGACGUUUGUUGAAAUUGUUUUGUAUAUUUCGAUGUUUUGUACAUGCAUUUAGUCGUUAAUAUUCGUUCCGUGAAAAAAUUAUUUUACAAUUAUACGAAUGAUACGUUUG